UUGAAUCCAUGGAACAAUCCAUGAAUCCACCAAUCCAAUUGGAUUUGGAUCAAAUGGAUUAGAUUUAAAUGGAUUAGAUUUGGAUAUUUUUAAUGGGUUGGUGGAUUGGAUUGAGAAUUGCCGCCAAGUACCCAAUCCUGCAUAGAGUUCCAUAGGGUAGGAUAAGGUCAUGAAGCUGCAUACAUCGUUUGCAUGUAUGUACUUCGUGUCUUGUGGAUAAGCGGGAUGUAUAGGGCGGUAGUUCGCGUAUAUUCUUCUUUCACAAUAUUUGUAUGUUCUCCGAUUUUCACUGUUCAAGAUUGUGUCACGCACAAACAAUCGGAUGUAUAGGGAGAUAAGUUCUCCGGAUUUUCUUCUUUCACAUCAUCUGUAUGGACUCCAAUAUUCAAAAUUUUCAUGAAUCACUAAAAUAAUCGGGAUGUAUGAUGUAUUGAUAGGCAAUUCUCGGUAUUUUCUUGGUUCAUUGCAUUUGUAUGGACUCCGAUUUUCGUGAUUCUCUUACCGACAUGAAAAAAAGAAUUACAAUUAGCUUAGCUGCGUCAUUAAACUAACAGCCAACAACAAAGCAACAGACUAGGAAGCAGGGCCCAGGUAAUUAAUUGCAUGAUUAAUUAUCCAAGAUAAUAUAUAAACAUAUAUCUCCGAUAUGAUGACGAUCUCUCUCGAGGCUCCACCUGUCCACUUCCCUUUCGGCAACUGCGCUUCACCUUUUACAGUCUCGCUUCUGACUGAGCACGGGAAGCAGAACGCACACACACCACACCAUGGACGAAUCGGAACCAACCUCGUCGAUCAACGGCACCGACAACAAGGCCAGUUCCCGCACCGUCCACGUCGACGACGAUGACGGCGGUGGAUUGACUCUAUUCGCCGUCCUCAAUCGCACGGUGUCGUCGAUCUUCGCUCCGGCCAGCGGUGGCGGCGAUCCCGCUCCGCUGCUGCUGCAGCGGAUCAAGGCGUCGCUGUCGGAGAACGGGCCGCUUCUGAAGGACGCGACGGCUAACACCGGACGGAAGAUUCUGGUCUGGACUCGGAGCGGCAGCCCUCUCCGCGCUCUGCUCGUCAUCUCCGUUGGGACAAUUGCUCUUCUUGCCAUGACGGGGAUACUGGUCUUCAUGCUGUUCUUCCUGGCAGCCACCAUCAACGCCAUUGUCAUCUCUCUUCUCAUGUCGUUGGCUGCUGCAGGAGGCUUCUUGGCUCUCUUCUUCGCCUGUCUGGCUGCUAUAUACAUUGGGGCGUUAUCGAUCGCGAUAUUCGCCAUUUCCACUGCAACGAUCUCAGCAAUCAUCGCUGUCGCGGUCGCUACAGGUUGGAUCGGAUUCUUCUGGACCAUCUGGCUGGUGACAAAGAAGAGCAUAGGCAUCGCUACACAUUCACUGAGCUUGACAGGGUCGGCCAUUUCCACAUACUCGUCAGCUUGGCAAACUCGCGACCGAGUACCAAACAAAGAAGAAUGAAAAGCUUGCAGUUGGGAAAGAAAGGAUCGCUUGCGUUACAAGUAACAACCCAUCCUCAUAAGGCAAGCCGAAAAACAGAAAGAAAACACUGUAUUGUAUAUGUUAAUGGCUCUUCUUCUCCAUUUCUUCGAGUCUAUCCGUACAUUCCCACCUUGUGCACUGGCUUCCUUUUAGUUUGGCCGUUUUUCUCCCUGCAAUGGUUUUGCUUAGUUAGAGUGCUAAGAGAUUUCAUCUAUACAGAGAAACCUUAGGGUGCUGUAAUAGUUUGAACAUGCCCUGUACAUUAUUUCAUUCUACAAAAAUAUCUACCGUUUUCCCUUUGUGUGUAAGAGGAUUCAUGGAGUCGAAACAUAAACAGCAAGGUCUUGGAUCCGAAACUUGAAUUCACAUCGAAUUAUAUUCGUAGUUCUCGACCACUUGAUCUUCGCUAAUGAAACUCAGGGAAGCUCGGGAGUUUAGCUUCUCGAUCAGCUGCUCAAAUACGGCGGAGAGGAAAGCAGUUCCCGAUGGCUUCCAUGGCGUUGAAGGAAGGAAGGGAAAGUUCAAAGUUCUGCAUCCGACGAAAUGGCAUCUGCAUUUCAAUUAGGGAUGGCAAAAAUAUCCGUAACCAUGGAUAUCCACCCGAAUCCGACCUAAUCGGGUAGGGUAAAACCCGAACCCGAAGGAAUUUUUGUGGGUACGGGUAAAACCCGAACCCGAAUAUUACGGGUAAUGGGUGGGCAUGGAUUUCUCACUAUCCAAUCCGAACCCGCCCGAUUAUACACAUGCAUAUAGAUUUUGUAUAUAAAUAAUCAUUAUUUUU